GCGCGCGGGGCGCGGGAGGCGCGCGGGGCUGGAGAGGAGCGCGCGCCCGCCUCCGCUCCGCCUCCGUCCGGGGGCGCGGGCACGGUGGCCCCGGCGGAGGAUCGCAGGGGGCAGGGCCGAGACUGCGAGGAGGGGCACCGGGAAAGCGGGAGCGAUAAAAGGAGGCAAGGCUGCCCCACCCCGAGGCAGGCCGGUGGGCAGGCUCUUGCGUCCCUUCCGUCCGGCCUGUGCCGGCGGCGGCGGCGGCGGCGGCGGGGAGGCGCGCAGCCCGCUGCCGGCCCAUGGAGGCUUUCCCUUGGGCGCCACGCUCGCCCCGCCGCGCCCGCGCCCCCGCGCCUAUGGCGCUCGUGCCCAGCGCCCGCUACAUGAGCGCCCCGGGCCCGGUGCACCCGCAGCCCUUCAGCUCCUGGAACGACUACCUGGGGCUAGCCACGCUCAUCACCAGGGCUGGAGACCGCGGUUCCCCGCCCUCCUCAUCCCACUGCUCCUCGCACGAAGGGUCGGUACCCUUGGCGGUGGGGCCCACGUUGGGGCCGCCCGACGACGAGGACGACGACGAUGGCGAUGAGCCGGGGGCCCGGGACCGCUACCUGGGCGGCGCGCUGGAACUGCGCGCUCUAGAGCUGUGCGCCGGCACUGCCGAGGCCGGGCUGCUGGAGGAGCGCUUCGCCGAGCUGAACCCGUUCGCAGGGCGCGCCGCCGCGGUGCUGCUGAGCUGCGCGCCCGCCGCCUCCGCCGCCCCCGCCGUCCCCACGGCCGAGAUGACGCCGCGCGAGGAGCCGGGCCCUGCGUGGGCGGCCGAGCCUCGUCUACAUGCAGCCUCCGGGGCGACCGCUGCACGUCUGCUGAAACCGGAGCUGCAGGUGUGUGUGUUCUGCCGUAACAACAAGGAGGCGGUCGCGCUCUACACCACACACAUCCUCAAGGGCCCCGACGGCCGAGUGCUGUGCCCGGUCCUGCGCCGCUACACGUGUCCCCUGUGCGGUGCCAGCGGCGACAACGCACACACCAUCAAGUAUUGCCCGCUCUCCAAAGUGCCACCGACCGCUGCCCGCCCGCCUCCACGCAGCACCAGGGACAGCCUGCCCAGCAAGAAGCUACGCUAGGACCAGCCUGCGGACACCUGAAGUCAUGGUCGCGUCUCCUUUCCCCGGUGGCUUAACUUGGGAAGUGGUCUUGGUUUUGCUGAAGCCGGCAGGGCGCAGCACUUUUCAGUGGAGUGGUCGGGUCUCUGACGUUGAAAUCUUGAAUUUUGUCUUAAAGUGCGCAUCCAGAACCGUGAGAUCUGAGCUGGUAUGCCAUCGGCUUUAAGUGUGGCGACUAAGGCGGUGUUUACUGUAUACAUCGGCCUGUUUUAAGUGCGCAAUCAGUAUGAAAUUGAUUUUGGAUGUUUUCGUUUUAUGAAUGGAGGCACUUUAUUAGGUCUAGAGUAUUUUUCAUAGCCUCUGAACUUGAGUGUGUAAAACUAAGCAUUUUAUGGAAUGUCGGCAAAUGUCUAUUUUAUUGUUUGAUGCAAUUUAUUAAUUUAAAUUUGUCCUUACUCUAAUUGCAGGUAAAGCAAUCUAGUAUACUUCCCAGUAUUACUUUGAGAGGGUGUUCCUCCUCGUGGCUUGUUUCUGUCCUAGCUGGGAGGCUUAAAGGCACAAUCUGUAGUAGGUAGACUAGUUCCUUAACCUUUUAUGUAUCAGAUAUUCUACCGAAUUAGCAAGUAGCCCUUCCCACUCUUAAAAUUAACUGUGCCAAGUCCUAAUCAUAUCGUGUACAUAUUUGGAAAUGGUGCUGUUUAAGAGACUUGUGUAUUUAUACGGUGACAGUAUAUGAAUACAUUAAUCUCCCCUGUAACUCUUACUUAGCAUUUUCUCUAUGCACCACCCCCUAACGUGUCCAAUUGUUUAUGUCUAAUGCUAAGACCAGAAAGGAGGAAACCCGAGAGAGCAGUGUUAAUUCACCUUUGAUUGCUCAAUUUCAGGCUUCCUAAAUAGAAAAUGAGAAACUGAAGCAAUAACCUGAGUUCCAGAAGGUUCUGGACUGCUGCCUUCAGAUAUAACAGUUGUGCCAAAAUAAACACCAUUUAAAGGCUCUAAUAAUCGGGGUUGGGUACAAGUAACAUGACCUUGCUGGUGAUGGUUCCACUCCUACUGGUCUGCUUCCAGACCCUAAUCUUAAGACAAAAGUUCCUAAUCCCCUACUUCAGUACUCCAGUACAUCCAUCACAUUGAAUGCUGGAUGAAGUAUGGUACAUAACUACCUACCAUCAAGGUGAAUUAAGAUAAACACUAACACCACUAUCUGAAAAUACCAGCCUAACCCUGAGUUUAAGUGUAUAAAACUUACAGUAAUUAGAUUUAGCUAGAGUACUGAGAGUUAGACUGCCUUUCAUAUUAAACAGCUAACUUCCAUAACAAACUGGAUUUCCAUGUAACAGAGUGACGUAAAAAUACUGGAUAGCUAGUGUGCCCUAUUGGUUAAGAGGGAGGUGCAUCAUACAUACCCCUGGUUAGUUAUAGCCCCACAGAACUGCAGAUUCCACUCAGCCUAGGCCUAAACCAAGUAAUAAAACCAUCUAGUUCCUAGUUCCUUGUCCUUUUGCUAGAAAAUAAACCAUUUGUUGUGGGGUGAAGUUUUUCAAGUGAACAUAAAUUCACGUUCUCUCCCCCUAAUUGGUCUAAAUUUUCCAAGUGAGCAAUCUCAAAGGCAAAAAAUCAAGUCAUUUGGCUCUUUGAAUUGUGGUAGUUUUGAGGCAUGUGUGUGGUGCCAGUACUUUUUAAUACAUGAGCUGAACCACUGAUGACAGGAACCUAAUGCUUUUAUUUUCUGACAUCUUAUCAGAACCAGGGAUGUUAAGAUUUGCAUUCCUGUUCAGUGGUAUUAAGGGGCAUCCAAAAAAUGUCCUCAUAUUAAGCACCCAUAAUAUUAACAGUUGGGGAGAUAGCUACCAAUAAAGUGCUUCUAGGAAGCACCAAGACCUGGGUUGUAGCCCCAGCAUCCACAUAAAAAUAUGGGAAUGGUGGUAUGCCUAUAAUCCCAGUGUUGGUGAGGCAGAGGCCAACCUUGCUAAAUGGGUGAGCUUCAGGUCUGAGUGAAAAACCCUCUCAAGUUAGGUGAGCUCAUGACAUCUGAGGCCAACCUCCACGUAAAUGCACAUCAUCUGCAGUUAGAGGUGAGUUUUUUAAGUCAAAGGUGGCUGGUGGCUAUGGUCUCAACCUGCCUGGGGCUCACUGGCCAGGCUGUCUAGCUCCCAGUUUGGAGAACUCCAAACUCAAUGUUUGAACCAAACAAAAGAAGUGGAAUGUGAUUGAGGGCACCUGUUGACCUCUGGCCUCCAUGUACUUGCACAAAGAACAUGUACACACAAAACGCAACCCAUAGCAUAUGUUCUCUACCCUAUACUAAGUCCAUUUACCAGCUAACAUAUUGAAAGUCUACAACAUAAAUAUUACUGGUUUUCCACUGUUAACAAAUUCUAGAGCAAACAAACUCAGCCCUUAAGAAAUAUAAACCCUUGGAACCAGACAUUGUGUGUUCAAUUAAUCCCAGCAUUCCUGAGGCAGAGGAAGGCUAAGUAAUCCUUGGAAUGCAAUGUUAACAUUUAGGUUCUACAAAAAUGUUUACAGUAGAGAGCCAACUUUAUAGCUCAGGGGUAGAGCACUUGUCUAGAAUGCACAAAACCCUAAGAUCAAUAUUCAUUAUUAAAGGGAAGAAAAUGAAAUUUAAAACCCAAAGUUUAAUACAAAACUGUGACAAGGUUGGCUUGUAAGAAUGCAUUGUGUAUCUUGCUAAACCACAAAAGGUACAGCCCUGUAGCAGCUUCUCCAUGGGCAGAGGUACAGGCAGUGUUAUGCUUUAGCCUGUCUGUCCAAACUUGUUAAUUCUGUUUUUUUACUUUUGUGUACUUUUUUUUCCUGCAAAAUCCUUUUCAGAAGUUAAUAGCUUUUAUUAGAACUUUUGUCAGAUCUAUUAAACCAAAACCAUGUAUUUCAAAACUA